CUUAACAACGAGUGUGGGAUGCAUCGUGAUGUGGUGGCAGUAGACAGGAACCUCACGCCGCUCUCCUUGGCAAACGAGAACUGGCGCAAACCUGUGGUACUAAGUACUGCGGAUCGCAAGGCGGCAUGGGAGAGUAAGGCGCUACACGGGCGGUUCUACAAGGCCCUCACGGGACCCGAUGUGGACCUGCUCGCGUCGGUGAACUGGUUACGAUUCGGGGACCUCUUCGGAGAAACCGAGGGUUUUGCCUGUGCAAUUGCGGACGAAGUGAUGAUGACGAACAACUAUCGGAAAUAUAUCCUGAAGGACGGUACGGUCGACAUUUGUCGGGCAUGCCGCCGUCCCGGAGAGUCACUCAGGCAUAUAAUUUCCGGUUGUUCUCAUCUUGCUAACGGUGAGUACUUGCACAGACAUAAUCUCGUAGCCAGGAUUAUUCACCAGCAACUUGCUCUUCUAUACGGCCUUGUGGACCGCGAAGUACCGUACUACAAGUACUUACCUGCGCCUGUUCUCGAGAAUGGUCGUGCCACGCUCUAUUGGGAUCGAUCUAUCAUCACCGACAGGACUAUUGUCGCCAAUAAGCCUGACAUCGUGCUGAUAGACCGAUCGCAGCGCCGGGCCGUGCUCGCCGACGUCACCAUCCCCCAUGAUGAGAAUCUCGUGAAGGCCGAGAAGGACAAGUCCAGCAAGUACCUAGACUUAGCUCACGAGAUUACCGCCAUGUGGGAUGUUGACUCGACGAUCAUUGUUCCGAUAGUUGUGUCAGCGAACGGUCUCAUAGCGAAGAGUCUCGACCAUCACCUAGAGAGACUCUCGCUGGGUGGUUGGAUCAAGGGUCAGAUGCAGAAGGCGGUAAUAUUGGACACGGCGCGUAUAGUACGUCGGUUCCUCACUCUGCGGCCCUGACCACCGGCAGCUUGGGCCAAGCCCCGCUGCCGGCGGCACCCUAGGUUAGGUUUUUUAUAAUGUGUUUAUAUGUAUUUUUUAUUGUUUUGUAAGUGUUUUUAUAUUUUACUUUUAUAUUCAUAUUAUAACAAACCUAACGUAAGACGAAAAAUAAAUAAAGAGAAUAAUAAUAUAGUAGCGGAUGGAGGCGUAGGGAUGUGACGACCCCAUCGCCCGCUGGUUUUACCAGUGCAAUCAGUCAACGCAGGGCAGCUUGUGGCGAGCUGUUGGGGAUUAGCGACCUCACGUACCCGAGUGCUCCUGGGGAGUUCUGUUACCCGCAAGGAGGGUGGGUGGGACAGGAUUCUCUGCCUCUGGCUUGCCUUAGCCGGCCGGCCAGAGUGGAGUCGUUAGAGCUAUAAGCUCCAGGGGUGGAAGUGAAAUAUGCAUAAGACGCGAGUUGGCACAGUGGCUGUUAACAGCCACUGGGUAGAAAGCGGCGCACACCUCUCGACACCCCUGAGCCGCUCACACCGGUGUUGCCCUUGAGCCAUCCUAGAUGUCGCUUUUUGUGGGGGCCCAUCUUGUGAGGGCGAGUCACCGUCUGCCGGAAAUAAAAUUGCAUACCGUUUUAUUAGGCAGGCGUCCGGUUUUUUACCCCAUAGCUCAGUUCUUAGUCCAUCGCUUUCACCCAAUAACCUAGUUCAUUUUAGAUUUCAUCAACUCUCAAUAGCCCUUACACCCUGGCGGGUGCUGCCUCUGCGUGCGUCCCAUGACACGGGCAAGGGCAGCCUCCGCUCGGUGUACCCCUUACAUUUCAUUAAAGUGUCAAAAGGGCCUCUACGUGUUGGCUUCGGCUCCGCGCACGCCUCCCAAAGGUCCGGAACACCAUUGUUCCGUGAUGGGAAAGACAUAAUAAUAUUGGGUAGUGACCCUGCCUAUGAAGCCGAUGGUCCCGGGUUCGAAUCCUGGUAAGGGCAUUUAUUUGUAUGAUGAUACAGAUAUUUGUUCCUGAGUCAUGGUUGUUUUCUAUGUAUUUAAGUAUUUAUAUAUUAUAUAUAUCGUUGUCUGGGUACCCACAACACAAGCUUUCUUGAGCUUA